AGUGCCUGCAGGUUUUCCAAGGUUGUCUAGUUUCAAUUGACUCAUGAUCUCAACUAUAUAAUAUUACUAAAAUCUCCAAAAAACUCUCUUCUGUUCUUGAACUAAUUGCUAACUAAUAUUCUGAGUUACUGACUAUGCAAAUCAUAUUUGGAAAGUGAACUAACUGAGGGAUAUUCUCCAUUUGUCAAUUAAUUACCUGUAUGUAUAAGUAAUAUUAAGUCAAGUAGUAAGUUAACCUGAUAAUUCAGUUUAUACUUUGUUGACUGUUCAAUGAACUAUCCUAUGAUUAUUAUUUACAUCUUAAAUAAAUUUUAUUCAUGGUUAUUGGUAUAUCCCGAAGAGAAUUAUGAAUGGUAAAUUUAAAGGACUCUUUAUGCAACAAUAUGAUACGUAUAUUUCCUACUGUAUAAUCGUUAAGUAACUAAACUAUUCGUAUUCAAGUUCAUUUUAUUAUAACCUUUUUUUGACCCAUAGACUAUUACUAUGCGAUUUACCAUUCCUAAGUCAUCCCCAGUCUAUUAAUUAUUGUUCCCCACAUUCACAGCCACAAUUGGCUAAAUCUUGUACUAAUGUUAUUUUCUAAUUUAUGGUGCGUUGUGGUUUGUUUUAUUGGUAUAUAAACCCAGUAUGUUUGAAAUAAAUGAUUCAUAUUGUAGAGGCUGUUAUUGGUGUUCUGUACUUCACUGACUGGGCUAGGCAGAAACCAGGACCCAUAAGGACUCUAGGCUGCUCGUACGGGUUUCGUGUGUCAUUGAUGCGGUCGAUAAAUCCCUGCUCUCUAAUUGGCGGAAUCAUCGCGUUAUACACUAAAAAGGGCACACAAGAUAUAACAGUUAUUUGAUGUCAAAUAGUUUUUUUUCAUCGCUUUUCUACACAAAACAGUUUUUUCUCAAUCGACCACUUCUUUACUCUCAUAUUCAUUUAUUAAAGAUUUCGAGUCAGUAAUUUCUGUUUUGUAAGCAGUCUACAUUUAAUCAAACUACAUUCUAUCAACUUAUUUAAGUGAUUACAUAAUCUUUUAAUUAAUGUACAACAAUUCAUCCUGUUAUAAUACAAAGUGAAAGAUCAAGCCUUAUCAGAAUGAUUAAAUUAUCAAUCCUUAUAAGAUUAUUAUUCAUAUGAUAUUCAAUUCUAGUUUAUUUUUAUUGUUUUAUAAACUCAAAUUAUUAAUGUCAUAUCACUAUGAGCCAAUCAAAAACCAAUCGUAAUUUCAAAAUUCAACUCAAACUUAUCUACCAAUCAUAAUUAUAUAAGGCGAAUAUUGAACAUUUCAAGUUUUUUGCCCCUAUCUAUCUUUAAAUCUAUACUAUUUACUAUUCUUAAGUAUUAUUAUUAUUUAUUAUUCAUAAGUCCCCCUCUUAUAUUAUUAAAAAAACACAUUAGUUUCAAUUCAUAUCUAAUUUUACAAUAUCACUUGUGAAAUAAGAUUAAUAAACUAAUUGAUAUAGGUUUUCAUUCGAAGAAUGGAUCAUUCUGUAUGUUAUUUUCUCAUUUUAAGUAUCUGUAUAACUUAUCAUCAUUGUUUUACAAUUGAAAUGAAUCCAUAUGGAAAUUUUAUGUAUCCUUCAUUAUCGACCUCGUCAUCAUCAUCAUCAUCAUCAUCAUCAUCGUCACCAUCAUCGGUAUCGUCAUCAUCAGCAGCAUCAUUGCCAAAAGUGUUAUUAUCUCCAUCAUUACCUAAAUCUCAAUUGUCAAUAGAUGAAUAUCUUACAUUAAAUAAUAAAUUCAAUGAUGAUGAUUCAUUCAAUCCAUAUUCGGAUUAUCGUUCUAAUUAUUACAAUGAUUAUUAUUAUUAUAAUCAUCAUCCAAAAAUGUCGAAACGUGCUGAUUUAAGAGAUUUAUCAAUCCAUAGUGAUAUGGCUUUUAUACGUAAAUUAUUCGAUCAAAAAAAUCAUGAAUUAUUAAGACUUGGAUAAGUUUGUGAAAUAAAAAAAAUCAUAAAAAUUUAAUUAAUUAAUUAUUAUAUUUGAUUUAAUUGUUGUUUUAAUAAACUAACCAUUAAAAGAUAUAUAAUUAUAUGUCAUAUUAAUGUACUUUAUAGAAAUUUUAACCAAUAAAAAUUCGAAUAAAAUUUAAAAU